AUCCGCCGUCAGUACUGCCGUCAGUAGUAUGUAUGGAAUUUUGUUGUUCAAUCUAGUCCGACGAUAUUUAAACGGCGCGAUCGAGGGAGGAUUUUAGGGACGAUGCUCGAUCGGCAUUGAAUCGCGGUGCCGGAAGGUGCGCCGCGGAGGCGCCAAGGAGCAGCGUACACGGUAGGAUCCCGAGGGUCGCCAGCGAAAACAAAGUUCUAGGUUACGCGCUGGCUCGCACCAUGGCACAGUCGACAACAAGCGGAACCUCCUCGCGGCGAUACAUGCGGGAGCACGAGGUGCCGUCCGUGCCGUCCUCGUCGCGUUACGUGGACAGCGAGUGGGAGUCCAAAGAGGCCUUACGACAGCGGGAGCUCGAGGAGGCAAGAGCGCGAGCGGCGCAAAUGGAGAAGACGAUGCGAUGGUGGUCCGACUGUACUGCCAAUUGGCGUGAGAAGUGGAGCAAAGUUAGGAACGAGAGGAACGCGGCUAGAGACGAGGCGAAGGCUCUGAGGUCAAAGCUGGAGAUCGCCGUCAAAGACGCCAACACCUUCAAGCACGAAUCUCAAGAUUUGGAAUUGCAGAACGAACAGUUGAAGAAGGAGAUGGAGAAGAUACACAUGAUACUCUUGAAACACGCCGGGCAGUUUGACCAACAGAUCUUUACCAUCCUAGAGUCGGAUCCGCAAUUGAGAGCUACCUUCGGAUUGGACGAGCAGCUGGAGUUUUACAACAACGUCGACGCCAGCGACGCGUUAGGUGCACAACGGGAUAUGUUGUCCUGUAAAAAUUCCCAUGAAGCAGCGAACAUUGCCACGGGAGGUCACAGUGUCUUACCAGAGAGGGAUAUCGAGGAGUACGUCUUGCAAGGUGCCGUGCCGAAACACGCGGUGGAAUUGUAUAAGGAGAGUCCCAAUAAUUCGCUAGAUAAAAGCAUCACGAAGCUGGAUAAUACUGCCAAAAAGGACGGACUGGAGAAGCAACAGUCGCCGUUAGAUAUGUAUAAUGAAGAGUCUUUAACUCAACAAAUGUCAGCGUUGCAAAUGAAAUUGGAGGAGGCGACGAAAACCAUUUCCGUGGAGAGAGAGGAAAACAACUCUCUGCACCGAACUGUGGAAAAAUUGAAGGCUGAAGUCAGGCAAUUGAGGGAGCAAUGUGAGGAGUUAUCGGAGAGUAAAGCCGACGCGAUGAGGGAAUUAUCAGAAUUAAAAGAACGUUUUCAACUCGAACUCAGCGACGAACAUAUAGCGGAUUUAAUUAACAAUUCAAGUAGCGGAGAGAGUAUGGACCGCCGUUUAACGGAAUUGAGAACAGAACUGGAGAAACUUCAAGUUGAAAAUGCAGCAGAGUGGAGUAAAAGGGAGAGACUAGAAACUGAAAAGCUAUCCCUGGAACGAGAUAACAAGCUGCUCCGCUUAAAAUUAUACGAACUACAAGAGGGAGUAGAAACGCGACGGUCACGGCCGGUAUCUACGGUCGACACGGACACGAGACAAUUACAGCACGAAAUUCUAGUUCGCAAUAUGGUGUUACUUGAAGUAAAGCAGUAUCAGGCGGCACUGAAACAAUCCUUGGCAGAGAAGACAACGGAAUUGUCGCACGCGAUGAGACGGUCCGAGCAGUACGAGGCGGAGGUGAAGCGAGUGAGAGCGAGAGUCGAGGAAUUGAAGAAAGAGCUGGCCGCCGCUCAGGACGAGGUCGACGCCGCUACGAACAGCGUGCGGAAACUGCAACGGGCCAACGAGGAUCUCGUGGAGCGAUUGCAGUCCGCAAACGUACAGCUGGAGCACUUUAGAAAUAGCAACAACGAUACGCGCGAAACUUCAACGAACGCUGAAGUAGACGGGGCCGGCGAGCAAAAGUUAAAAGCCAACAAUUCCAACGAACAAUUCCAACAAACUGAAGUCUACGAUCGGCAACAAGCCUAGUACUCGCUCGUGUCGAUAGCGAUAGCGAUGGUGUGUUUAAGUCAGAUAGCGGAGAUGCAAAUCGAAUAGGUGAUCUCAUAGUGGGCCUAAAGUACAGGACUCGACAACAGUCCUUUUUUUAUUUUUUCUCUUUUCAACCUUUAAUUCUGCUCUGGGCGAAUUGUGGUACGAAUAACUAUCGUACCUACUGUGUUUACUGAUAAGCACGUCAAUACUUCUAGAAGCACAUAUGUAAAUAUAUGUUGCGUUUAUAUUAUUUAAUUAUGUAUCAUAAUCGAUAACAAUUUUAAUUACUUAUUGAUCGAUAUGAAAGAUGGGUCGUCCGCAGUAUUUGCUGUUCAAAAGUUAUUUACUCAAUAAGAAAAGAGAUCGUGCUCGUUUUUAUCAUUAUUUCCUGUAAAUAAUCAUUUUAUUGUCACGUUCGUUUUUCUACUUUUGUAAAUGAUGAAUAUCCAUCUUUUCACGCGUCAAGUGCAAUACGCAUUUUGUACACAGUUCACAUUCCGCGUUAUUUUAUACGUUCCUUUUUUUUUUUAAAUAAAAUUGAGGUAAAGAUAUUAUGUACAUACAGAUACAUAUUUACGAAAUAUAUGUGUAAUGAAACACUAUGUUUCGUCAUGUAUUUUUCGUUUCGGAAAAGACUGGCGAAAUCGAGUAGCGAGAUACAGUUGUGUACAAGAUACGAUACCUGAUAUUUAUAACUGAGCAUUUUAUGUCAAUACCGAAAAUCUGUAGUGUAAGUCGAAGCAAUACUCUACGUGUGUAUAUCCGUCGCAGAUAUACCGAGUUAUAGAUAAAAUCUAAACGAACUUUCAUACAAUGCAAUCAUCUAUGUAUGUCAAAUUGUGAGAAGAUUGUUGUUAAUUAUAUUUCUUAAUCGACGGAAGAAGACGGAGAGAACAGAUUUUUCUUCUAGUUAAAAAUGUAUUUUAUUGACAAAACUCAAUAAAUAGCAGCGAUUUGAUGUAACAACACGAUGUUCACCAUGCUAUACAGUCAAUAAUUUGGAAGUACCUCAAUAAAGAAAUUACAGCAUUGAA